CUGCGCCUGCCGGAGCUGCUGGUGCUGGCGCGGCCCGAGCGCGGCCGGCUCGCAGCUGGUGUUGGCUUUCUGACGGUGUCCAGUGUCAUCACCAUGUCAGCUCCUUUCUUCUUGGGGAAAGUGAUUGAUGCCAUUUAUACAAAUCCCAGUGAAGACUUCACCAACAGCCUGACCAGCCUCUGUGCUUUGCUGAGUGGGCUGUUUUUGUGUGGUGCUGCUGCAAAUGCCAUUCGUGUGUACCUCAUGCAAACUGCAGGACAAAGAAUUGUGAAACAAUUGAGACAAGAUAUCUUUUCCUCUAUUCUGAAGCAAGAAGUUGCUUUUUUUGAUAAGACCAGCACAGGGGAACUGAUAAAUCGCCUAUCUUCAGACACAGCGCUGUUGGGCCGUUCUGUGACUGAAAACCUUUCUGAUGGGCUCAGAGCAGGAGCUCAGGCUUCAGUAGGGGUUGGCAUGAUGGUUUUUGUCUCUCCCAAACUUGCCAUGUUUGUUCUGAGUAUUGUGCCCCCUCUGGUUAUCCUAGGUAUGGCUUAUUCAAAAUAUCUACGAAAGGUUACUAGAAUGACCCAGGAUUCCCUUGCAGAAACAACACAGUUAGCUGAAGAUCGCAUUGGAAACAUAAGAACAGUUCGAGCAUUUGGGCAAGAGAUGAAUGAAAUGAAGAAAUAUGCAAACAAAGUUGGCUAUGUGCUGCAGCUAGCCAAAAAAGAGGCACUAGCUUCUGCAUGUUUCUUUGGAGCUACUGGGCUUUCUGGGAACUUGUUUGUCCUCUCUGUUCUGUACAAAGGAGGAUUACUCAUGACCAGUGCCCAAAUGACAGUUGGUGAACUCUCUUCCUUCCUGAUGUAUGCCUUCUGGGUUGGAGUAAGCAUUAGAGGUAUGAGCUCUUUCUUUUCUGAGCUAACAAAAGGAUUAGGUGCUGGAGGACGCCUUUGGGAACUUCUUGAAAGGAAGCCAGAACUUCCAUUUAAUGCUGGUGUUGUGUUGGAUGAAGACCAUUUCAGAGGGGCUUUGGAAUUCAGAAAGAUCCAUUUUGCUUAUCCGGCACGUCCAGAAGUUUCAAUUUUUCAAGACUUCAGUCUUUCCAUUCCAGCUGGCUCUGUCAUGGCAGUGGUUGGCCCAAGUGGCUCAGGCAAAUCAACUAUUGUAUCACUUUUGCUGAGGCUGUAUGAUCCCAUCUCGGGUGCCAUCACUGUUGAUGGCUUUGAUAUCCGUCAACUAAACCCACUGUGGUUCAGAACUAAAAUUGGAACAGUGAGUCAGGAACCAAUUCUGUUCUCCUGUUCUAUUGCUGAAAAUAUUGCCUAUGGUGCAGAGAAUCCUUCUGCUGUAACUGCUGAAGAAAUCCAGAGGGUUGCUGAAGUAGCUAAUGCUGCUAAUUUUAUCCGAGACUUUCCAAAAGGAUAUGACACUGUAGUUGGAGAAAAAGGUGUUUUACUUUCAGGAGGACAGAAACAACGAAUUGCAAUUGCUCGAGCUUUGCUCAAGAAUCCCAAAAUCCUACUGCUAGAUGAAGCAACAAGUGCUUUGGAUGCUGAAAAUGAGUAUCAAGUGCAGGAAGCUCUAGAUCGGCUAAUGGAAGGGAGAACAGUCCUAAUUAUUGCCCAUCGUCUGUCCACCAUUCAAAAUGCUGAUUCUGUUGCAGUUCUUGACCAGGGAAGAAUUACUGAAUGUGGAAAACGCGAGGAACUUCUUGCAAAUCCAGAUGGACUUUUCAGGAAACUAAUGAAGAAACAAGCUUUCCUUCAGAACAGUGAAACCUUUUCAUUAAAUUUAAAAUCUCAAAAGAAGAAUGCUUUAACAGAAUAUCUAUGAAGUUAAUUAUAAGAGGUGGAAUCUACAAAGAAUAUAACUUAUGUUUCAAGAUAUAUAAAGUAAGUGCUGCGUUUUAUUCAAAGGGUAAAAUUAUCCUUUAGAAACUUAGAUGUGUUCUUUUCAUUCAGAGGUUUUAAAUAAUUGUAUCUUUUUAAAUGUCCACAACACUGAGAUUUGUUUUCAAUAUAUAGACUUUUCUGCUUUGGAAUAUUUGAACUUGUACAGUAUGGGAUCUUGGCUGUUUUAAUGCACUGUAUAGCAAUGAACUGUUCACAAGCAAGUUCAAGAUUUAGUGAAUGCAGAACUACACAUUCUGGUAACUUCACCACCAUCUUCUCUUACUUUUUGUACUGAUCACUACUUUGGUAUUUAGUGUUUGAAGCUAAAGAAUGUGAGACACCUAGUGGUAUCUGAAAAUGUACUAUUCACAUCUCCUUUUUUUGUAAUGCUGCUUCCUUUCUUCCCCUUCCGCCCCAGUUUUUCUUCCAAAAUAGAACUGGAAAUUGAGUUAUGAUCAGUCAGCAACAACAUAAAGAAUUAUUUAUAGACAAAAAUUACUUGAAGCUUGGUACAAAGUACUAGUCCUUAAAACACAUGAUUUUUACAGUUAAGACAAAUGAAGCUUAAUCAAUGUGAAAAGUAUUUUUAGCAGAUACAAUUCAGAAAAAUCCUACCUUCUCUGUUUUGCAAGUCCUCAGGCCAUCUUUGUGUAAUGAAACUGAAUCGGAAUAAAGAUUGCUGCAUUUUUUUGUCACUUUACAAGGUACACUAAAGAAGCAAGCAAAAAUUUCUUCUUACAGGUUGUUUUUUUUCUUAAAAAUUUAGGUCUUGUCGAGUCAUGAAAACCUGUGAGGGCAACCAGGGGAUUAUUGAAGUUUUGUGAUCUAAUUGUGAAGAUUAGUGAAGUGAAAUUUGGGAUAAGUUCCCCAAACCUGAAAGCCAAGCAACUAUGAUAAGAAGGAUUUGUAGUCACCAUUUAACAUUUUCUUAACUCCCAUGAUAGCCAAACCCUUGGGCAAAAAGAUACCUAUUUAUUAGUAGUAGUUUAGUUAAUAGGUUUUGCUAAAACAGUACAAUAAAAUGAACAAUAAAAUUGUUAUAUAAUAUAAUUAUAGCAUUUAUAUAGUUUAUAAUUUAUAAUAUUUGCUAAUAGUAUACAUUAAGAUUAUCCAUUCUACCAGUUUAUACAAAAUUAAAACAGAACAUAGUAUAUGAUGAUGUUGAUAAUAACUAGAAGUAAAAAAGGGGAAGUCUCUCUGAUUUUUGGCCCUUAUUUAUGCAAGUAAUGCAAAUAUACUUGGAGAGUAUAGAAGAGGCUCCAAUUUGUUAGAGAAGCCCAUUUUUUUUUUUAUUUGGUGGCCCAGUAUUUAAAAUGUUCGACCAAUAGAAAAAUCCAUUUUCUUUUUACUUCUUAAACCCAAACAAACAAGACCAUAAAUAGUGAUUUAAGUCAUCUAUCUAAUUUUUCCUACAGGGGCAUAUUGUGCCCAAAUAUGGCGUCUGACAGCACUUGCCCAUGACAAGUGCA